CUAUCAAUAGAUCCCAUCUGCAAAAAGAAAAGAAAAAAAAGUUUUGCUUACAAAACACAUUAGGCCGCCUUAAAUCUCAUAAAAUUGCGCAUAUGUAUAACGAGUCGCUGCUGUGGGCGCUGGGAAGUGAUCAGUUUGGCAGCUCACACCUCUAUGGACUUGUUUUCUCUGCACAACUGAUCCCGGCGGAGUCUCCAGGUGCGGGAAAGGAAGGAGAGGAGCUAGCUACUGUGUCUCCUGCCAGGGGAUUGACAAGGAAUUGUCUUUGUGGAUACUUUUGGGGCUUUCUAUCCAGCCUUGAGCAUGAUGUCCUACCUCAAACAGCCCCCCUAUGGCAUGAAUGGCUUGGGGCUGACGGGACCUGCAAUGGACUUGCUGCACCCAUCAGUGGGCUACCCAGCCACUCCGCGGAAGCAGCGCAGAGAGCGCACCACGUUCACCCGCUCGCAGCUGGAUGUGCUGGAGUCCCUGUUCGCCAAGACUCGUUACCCGGACAUCUUCAUGCGCGAAGAAGUGGCCCUAAAGAUCAACCUGCCCGAGUCCAGAGUACAGGUCUGGUUCAAGAACAGACGAGCCAAGUGUCGGCAGCAGCAGCAGCAACAACAGCAGCAGAGCAGCAGCGGGGCCGGAGUGAAGAGCCGCCCGGCCAAGAAGAAGUGCAGCCCGGCCAGAGAGAGUUCUGGGUCGGAGAGCAGCGGUCAGUUCACUCCCCCCGCGGUGUCCAGCUCCGGCUCUUCCUCUUCGUCCUCUUCUUCCAGUUCCAAUUCCACCGGGAACCCGGCGUUGACUUCAGCCCCACUGAAUGGCAGCAGCUCCACCGCGUCCUCCAUCUGGAGCCCAGCCUCCAUCUCUCCUGGCACCGCCCCUGGCUCUGGCCCCGACCCCCUGGGAACAGGCAGCGCCUCGUGCAUGCAGCGCUCUGGCUCCUCUUCUGCCGCCUCCUAUCCCAUGUCCUACAGUCAGGCCGCCGGCUACACCCAGGCCUACCCCGCCCCCUCCUCCUCCUACUUCAGCGGGGUCGAUUGCAGCUCCUACCUGGGCCCCAUGCAUUCCCACCAUCACCCUCAUCAGCUCAGCCCUAUGGCCCCUUCCUCUAUGUCUGGCCACCACCAUCAUCAUCAUCACCUGAGCCAGACCUCCAGCCAUCACCACCACCAUCAUCAUCACCAGGGUUACACCAGCUCGGCCUUGCCCUUUAACUCGUCUGACUGUCUGGACUAUAAGGAGCAAGCCACCGCCUCCUCUUGGAAACUCAACUUCAAUUCCACCGACUGCCUGGACUACAAAGAUCAGGCCUCCUGGAGGUUCCAGGUGUUGUGAAGCAGGAGAGACCAUCUCUAGAUCAAGCUAUAAAUAUAUGAAUAAAGUCUAUGUGGAAGUGCUGUGCCAGGCUCACCCCCAGCUGGAGGGAAGGACUUCAAUGAUAUAAAUAUAUUUUUAAUGGGCUUUGUGGGCUAGACUUGUGAAUAUAUCCAUUAACUGUGCCUGUACAAAGAAAUGGGUAAACAAACAAAAAAAUAAUCCCACGCAGUGUUCUUUGCCAUUGUUGUGCUUUUUAUUUAUUCACGGUCUGGACAAAUGUCUGAUGUGCUCUUGGUACAGCCCUGGGAUAAUGGUUUCACCCAAACUUUUCUCCUUCUUUCAAGUGCUGUGGGCUGCUUUGUCGUGCCCCGUGUAUACAGGUGAUCUGAUGUGGGACUCGUGUAGCUUCUGGCUGCAACUUGUACAUAUUAUUUAGGUCCGUUUCUAGGACCCUUUAAUUUUUAGUUUCUAUUAUUGGUUUGAUUUCUGGACUUGUAACCACAGCCCGACCAUAAAUAAACCCCCUUUUACUGGAGCUUAUUAGAUGUUGUGGCGUAAUCACCCCCCACUCUAUUUAUUAAAUACAAACUCUGGGAGAGAAAUAAUAAUAAUAAAAAAUAAAAAAAAAUGAAGAUUUAAGGCAACUCUGUGUUCCUGGGAAUUUAGUCGCACGAGUGUCGCUGUAGAGUUCACACUUGUCUGUCGCUGGGAAGUCGCACGGGAUCACUUGUUUGUUUUAAAGGACCACUGCUCCCUGUAUGUAAUAUCAGUCACGAUCACUUUUCUUUCCCAAUUAGCCUCACCACCACUAUCCCCGCUUUUCUUACAUUCUGUCCAGCACUUGCAUUUGUGUCACUGGAAAAAAAAAGUUGCCUCUGUUUGUCGCUGUGUAGGUGAGAAAACACUUUUGUCUGUAAAUGUGCUGCUCCACAAUGGCUAUCGAUGUAAGGAAAAGUCAUUUCUACAUAUUCCCCCACCUUUCAAAUAAAAAUCAAACUAA